AUGUCGGUGGCCCUCACACCAGACUGGCUGAGAGGCAAGGUGCGAGUCAAUCAGGAGCCGGUACAGCGGCUCCUGGAGGAGAAUGACCCGCUGAUCAGCUGUAUCACAGAGGAUCAGAGCAAAGGCCAGGUGGACGAGUGUGCCCCGUGCCAACACGCGUUACAUAUACAUCUCAUUUAUUUGGCUACCAUUGCAGAUGCCAACCCAAUCAGCCCUUCAGAAGUAACAGAAAAAUCUUCCAGUUGGCUCUUGUGA